AUGAGCCGUCUUGCAUCGUGGUUCGGCGGCUCCAAGCCCGACGUCGUCGACCUUCAGGCUGAGCUGGCCGUCGAGCGCGCCAACCUUGAGCAGGCCAUGCGCGCGACCAACCUCAUCAUCAACGACGAUAUUGAUACGGCUGAGACGGAGCUGCGCAAGGGCGCAUCCACCUACCACGAUCUCGGCACCACACUCGUCUUUUUCAUGAAGGCCAUCCUCGGCUUCGAAAAGGACAAUAUCAACCACGCUGCCGACCUGCUGGCGAAAUGCGAGACGAAAGCCUGGGAGGACCUCAAGCGCGCGCAGAAGCGGGCGGCGGCGGGCCACGCGGCGGGCGAGAUUUAUCCUCCAGGCACCGAGUACGAGCUCGUCGUGACGCAGACGCAGCUCAUGUCGGCUGUCUUGGGCGUCCUCAACGAGAGCGUGAUCGAGGCAAUGAAGAGUUUCUUGAAACUGCGACGGGCGUACAUAACGCUAGACGCCAUCAUCACCAAAGAGAAUGAGUAUUUUAGAAAGCAGCGCACGCAGACCGGGUCUAGUAGUGCCGCCGUCUCCAGCGCUCGCGGUUCGUCAGAGGACAAAAAUGUUUUUUCCGCCGCACAGACGCCCGUCUCAUCAAGCACCAGCCUGGAAGCACUGCCAGCGGAUACAGAGAAGCUGCCUGCGACGCUGGGCAGCACAGCGCCGGCGCUGCAGGACAUCGAUAUCGAGCUGGCGAAUCCGAUUGACGCCUUUAUCCACUCGGGCGUCAACAUGUGCAUGGGCAUCUUGAUGCUCAUGAUGUCGCUGAUGCCACCGGCGUUUGCCCGAAUAUUGUCGAUUGUCGGUUUUAAAGGCGACCGCGAGGCUGGUAUCCGCAUGCUCUGGCGAUCAGUAGCUCAUCCCAAUGCGAAUGGCGCAUUUGCCGGCAUCAUGCUGCUCAACUUUUAUCACAGUAUGCUGGGUCUCGUUGACAUUCAGCCGCACGAGGCCGACUUUGACGAAUCUGCUGAGCCCUACGGCAUUCCCCAGCACAAGGUCGGCGAGCUCCUGGCCACCAUGCGCGAGCGUUUCCCACAGUCGCGCAUGUGGCUCAUCGAAGAAGCUAAAGGCCUCGCCAGUCGCCAAGAUCUGCCCUCUGCCAUUGCCGAGCUUGAAGGUGGCACGCAGUCCAAGAUGAAGCAGGUCACAGCAAUCAACCAGUUUACGCUCGCCCUCUUUUCCAUGUCGGCUCACGACUGGCCGCGCAUGCGCAAGUACUUUUUGCACUGCGUCGAGGUCAACACCUGGAGCGCCGGGCUCUACUACUACAUGGCCGGCGCCGCAUCGCUUGAGCUGUACCGCGACGCGGUCGCGCGCGGAGACGCUGCCUCUGCUGCCGCCGAGAAGAAGACGGCCGAAAAAUAUCUCCUCAAGUCUGGUGAAACGUCGACCAAGAAGAAAUUCAUGGCGCGCCAGCUGCCGUUUGAGACGUUUGUGCAGCGCAAGGUGCAGAAAUGGGAAGCGCGCCGAAAGGAGCUCGGCGUGGAUCUGGCCGAUGUCGUGGCUGUGAGUCCUGCGGUGGAAAUGAUGUUUGCAUGGAGCGGACCAAAGUGGAUGGCGACGCGCGAGUUUGAAAAGGCUCAAGAGUGUCUGGCGUGGAGCAGGCUCACGGCGCCGGCUGAUAAGCUCGAAAAGCUCAAGGAGCGGGAUGAGCUGGGCGUGCGGGCCGUGUGUCUGGCGUCCAUUCUACGCGGUUGCAAUCGCCUUGAUGAGGCCGCAGAACUGCUCGAAGUAGAGGUUUUAUCCCAUGAUAGAAAUCUGUUCAAGGGCGGUCAUAGAGAAGACUAUGUCGUGCCUGCCGCGAUUCACGAAGUCGCCGCCAUUGCGUGGGCUGAGUGUGGCCAGCCGCCCGCCGAUUUCGACGCGGCGCAGACGGAAGAGUUUCAGAGAACCAAGGUCAAGAAGUGCGAGGAGAAUCUGGAAAAAGCACGCGUGUGGGAAGCCUAUGUCCUGGAUGCGCGGAUGGGCAUGCGGAUCCAGUGUGGGCUGGCGACGCUGGCGUGGUAUCGCAAGAAGAAGGGCUGGACGGCGUAG